AUGAAUUACCCUGCUGGAUACCUUAUAUUUUUAAUGGAUGAUGACGACAUAGGUUCGGGUUGUUCAACCGUUUCACAUAAUUCAAAUAUUGAUGAUGCUGAAUAUUAUGACGGUCCACCUCUCUCUCCUCGUUCAGAAUUGUAUCGUCUCAAAUACAACCGAUUAAAAGAGAAAUUUGAUUACAUUCGUUUGUCAAAUAAUCGCCUUCGGAAUCGGUUAUAUCAUGUAAAAAAAGAGAUCAAUCGUUUAAAACGUCUAAAGCGGCAAGUUUUUUUUAUGCAGAUCCUUUGUCAUCGGCUGAUGCAACGGGCAGACAAGUACAUGGAGGCUCAUCUAGAAAUUCCUGAUAUAGUUAUGACUCCCUCAAGUACUGAAAAGACUAAUGUCGAUUCAGCAACAAAACCGGGUAACUCGAAAAGACGCAAAUUUGUUGAGGGCAAACGGGUUGCUCCAGUUUCCGAAGUAGAAGAAAUCAUGUCAAUGGAACAAAAGGCGAGGAGUAGUGUUAUUUCAAUUAUUGAUUCUGUAAUCACUGAAUCUCACGAAGAAAGAAUGCGAGCCAAUGCAGCGACAGGUUCAACUGAUCAGAAACCAUUCGACCCUAAGAUUGAUAUGUCGGACACUAGGACUGAAAUGAUGUUACGCCCAUCUUCAAUUGAUCAUUUGCUACCUCAAGAUCCAGAUUCAGACCCUGCCGAUGUAUUGAAUGAGUUUGGAGAAACUCUUGACAAAAAUUUUAUGGCGGAAGACUAA